CUCAUAAUCGCACUCAACAAGAAUUGGGAUUCUUAGGUUAAAAAGCGACAUUAUUUUUAACAACGUUAUUUUGGAGAGUUGCGCGAAGAGAAGAGCGAAGAAACUUUUUUUUUUUUUUCCUCCACAAAGACAAACUCACCAAAGACAUCAACACCUGCCUCUGUAGCAAAUAUAUAUCUUGUAAGGACGGAGGAAAGGGCGAUUGAAAAUUCGGUGGAGCGUUUUGCUAAGAGUCGACUAAGGAGUUUACCGACAGCGCGCGCUCAAUGCGUAAGUCUGCAUGGCUUUUACUGGUGCUCACGACAAGUCUCAAGCCACAGUGAGACGGAGCGACCAAGACAGCGUUCUCUCAGACCAUUAGGUAGUAAUAGAUGUGCUAUCUAGAGACUCGGUGCAUCAUCCUCUUCACGUUACACGUUGCAACGACACUUGUAUCAGCCAUCGACUUGAGACUUCCGCGCAGCGACUGGGCUUGAACUCCAGUCGAAGAAGGCGGAGUCUUAACUUAUUAAAAGGAACUCGCCGAGGCUCGGUCGCAAAUAUGAUGAUGAUGUCUCUGAACAGCAAGCAGGCGUUCGCCAUGCCUCACACCAGUCUGCCCGAGCCCAAAUACUCCAGUUUGCAUUCGUCUUCCUCUUCCACUUUGACUUCCAACGCGCCCUCGUCCUCCUGCUCUUCGUCCCGACACAGCAGCAACACGAUCAACAGCAGCUCGGAGGCGAUGCGCCGAGCAUGUCUCCCAACCCCACCGAGCAAUAUAUUCGGGGGUUUGGAUGAGAGUUUGUUGGCCCGCGCGGAAGCUCUGGCGGCGGUGGAUAUAGUCUCGCAGACCAAAAGCCAUCAUCACCCACCUCACCACAGCCCCUUCAAGCCGGACGUAACCUACCACACCAUGAACACGCUUCCAUGCACCUCCUCGUCCUCCUCGACGUCGUCUGUGCCCAUCUCGCACCCGUCGGCUCUUGCAGGCCACCACCACCAUCACCAUCACCACCACCACCACCAGCCGCACCAGGCACUUGAGGGGGACCUGCUGGAUCACAUCACCCCUGGACUGACACUAGCUGGAGCCAUGGCAGGGCCAGACGGCUCGGUGGUCUCCACGCCUGCGCACCCUGCUCACAUGGCAGGCAUGAACCACAUGCACCAAGCUGCCAUCAACAUGGCUCACGCCCAUGGGCUGCCAUCCCACAUGGGCUGCAUGAGCGACGUGGAUGCAGAUCCUAGGGACUUGGAAGCAUUUGCUGAGCGCUUUAAACAGCGUCGGAUCAAACUUGGUGUGACCCAAGCGGAUGUAGGGUCAGCCCUGGCCAACCUGAAGAUCCCAGGCGUUGGCUCUUUGAGCCAGAGUACCAUCUGCCGAUUUGAAUCUCUCACGUUGUCUCACAACAACAUGAUCGCGCUGAAGCCCAUCCUGCAAGCAUGGCUCGAGGAGGCUGAGAAGUCACACCGGGAGAAACUGAAUAAACCCGAGCUCUUCAACGGGGCCGAGAAGAAGAGGAAGCGAACCUCCAUCGCGGCCCCCGAGAAAAGGUCCCUCGAAGCUUAUUUUGCCAUUCAGCCGCGUCCGUCAUCAGAGAAAAUCGCAGCAAUCGCAGAGAAGCUGGACCUCAAAAAGAACGUAGUGCGGGUUUGGUUUUGCAACCAGAGGCAAAAACAAAAACGCAUGAAAUACUCGGCGUGCGUCUAGCUCGACCAAAAAAAUCGAUCUGAAGACCAACACGUGUCGAGAGACUCCUAAAACUCUUUAAAAGACGAUUUGUAAUAUAUUUCUUAUCUCACACCUUUUUCAAUCAUCAGUAACUUGUUCAUUGAGCCAGAAUUUCAUGACAUUCAAAAGAGACUGAAAAACAAAAAACAAAUCACUGUCACGAAUUACUCAAAGGGGAUGUGGAAUCAUUUAAAGGAUCGUUUGACUGAUCAAGUAAGACCAUUCGUUUUUCCUCACUUAUUAAAGCACACUUUCUAUAUCAGAGGAUCAUGAAGUUACACACAUCACCAGUAAUUACAAACCCUGAAAAAAAAAAGAAAAAAAAAGAAAAAAAAAGAAAAGAAAACUUGACAGUGUUUGUCAGUGUUUUUAUUUGAAGUUUUAUCUUUCUUAGCAUAUCACGUUAAUUCAGGGUCCAUUAGAGGAAAAGAGGAUAUAACGAAGUCCACUAACUAUUCAAGCAUCUCCUUGUAAAUUAUUAAUUUAGCUGUUACAUCAUUUUGUGUUUCGUCUACUUGAUUUUAAUAAUAAUUAACCUAGCCUAAAAAUGUAGGCAUUGGAUGACGAGUAUAUCCAUGUUUUUCUUAUGAAGGUAUAUGGAUUUAGGACGUACAUUUAAUAUUACUGACCUCUAGUUAUUAAAAUAGAACAUAUUGGAUAUACUACUGAACAUGAGGAGAGGUCAAAUUUAAUUUUUAGAGAUGGGAUUUGUUCAGCCAAAUAUCUGUUGCAAUACGCCUGCACUCUAACGUGGCUGUGUUUCUUAUGAACUAUUUAUGAAGUGAGGUAAUGUUUACUUCAUUACAUAUUUAUUGGGAUUCCCUCCACGUUUUUACUUGAAAAAAUCAUAUUGAGACAACAAGAAAAAACGUGUCCCUCUGCAAAUGGGGAAGACUGCUUAAAAUAAGCCUUUUUCUUUUCUCCUUUCGUUCCUCUAACUUUCGAGAUGGCACAAUCUAGAGAUAUAUGAGAACAUUUUGUUUGAAAUUAUUUUCAUGUAUGUUAUCUGGUUAUUUAUUUGUAUAAAUAUACGCGUAUAAUUAUGGAGUCGUUGCUUGUUAAAUUCACCAUGUUUUGUAAUGUUUUCUUAAAGGAAAAGAUCAGUUCCAUUGAAGCAUACACAUAAAAUGUAAAUAAUUCAGUUGGACAUACAUAAGAUAUCCGUACAGGUAUUUGCUGUGUUGCUGUUUUAGCUGCGGUAACUGUAUUGUCUGUUGCUUUAGGUUUAAUUGUCGGAUCUAUUCAUUUAUUUAUUACAUCAAUGUAUAUUUAAGUUACUAUUUGAUAAUUGAAUUGAACUAUGUGUUUCAUUAAA